GUGGCUGUCUGAACUUUGUUAUAGGUGGCUGCUAGCUGCUAAUUGCUAAGUAUGUGUCGUAGUUAUUUGCUUGUGCGUUAACGUGGAGCUCAUUCACCCCACCUCCCUUCGUCAUGUUAAGGCCAAAUUUUAGGACCAUAUUUUAACUUUAUUGGCCAUCAGUGGCAAGAGAUGAAUUGAGUUGGCGUUCUUCGGUCGUCACUCGGCGUCGCUGUUUUAUUUUGAAAGUCAUGAGCGGAUAUUGUCGUCUUGUGGUGGUUUUGGUUGAUGUCACUCUUUAAACAAGUGAGUGAGCGCUUAGGGCUGUGACGUUCUAAUAGGCACAUAAACACACCCACUGGGCUCGACUUGCCUCGCAAAUGCCUUAAUUUUAGCAGAUCCGUGCAUCAUCUUUGGCGAUGUAAAAGACCGCCAGGAUGUCAUCUCGUGUCUCUUCCAUCUCAAACAAACACACAAGGACGCUAUUCUUCCAAGUGUAUUAAUAGAACAACGCCAGGUGCUUUAAAAAUGCUGUCAGGGCUCUCAGACGUGAGGAAGAAGUGGGCAGCAGUUCGGGGUCGCCUGGGCUCCUCUCAGGACUCGGACAGCCAGCAGGAAGCCAACCUGGAGAGUGCUGAUCCGGAGCUCUGCAUCAGACUGCUUCAGGUGCCCACUGUGGUGAACUAUUCCGGCCUGAAGCGUCGCCUGGACGGCAGCGACCAGACAUGGAUGGUCCAGUUCCUGGAGCUCAGUGGCUUGGACCUCCUCCUGGAGGCCCUGGACAGGCUGUCUGGGAGGGGCUGCUCUCGCAUCGCAGACGCUCUCCUGCAGCUCACCUGCGUCAACUGCGUCCGUGCAGUCAUGAACUCAUCAGCUGGGAUCCACUUCAUCAUAGAGAAUGAGGGAUACAUCCGGAAGCUCUCCCAAGCCUUGGACACCUCAAACACCAUGGUGAAGAAGCAGGUAUUUGACCUACUAGCAGCCCUCAGCAUGUUCUCUGCAGAUGGUCAUCGCCUUGCUCUGGAUGCCCUGGACCACUACAAGGGCGUGAAGACACAGCAGUAUCGCUUCAGCGUGAUCAUGAACGAGCUGCAGGCAACAGACAAUGUUCCUUACAUGGUCACACUCCUCAGUGUCAUCAAUGCCCUCAUCUUUGGCUCUGAUGACCUCAGACAGAGAGAUAAGAUGAGAAAGGAAUUUAUCGGGCUUCAGCUUCUUGACAUUCUACCAAAAUUAAGAGAACAAGAGGAUGAAGACUUGAUUAUUCAAUGUGAGGCAUUUGAAGAGGCAAUGGCUGAAGAUGAGGAGGAGCUCUUGCGAGUGUACGGUGGCAUUGACAUGAGUAAUCACCUGGAGGUCUUCACGACUCUCUUCAACAAGGUGAGCAGCUCCCCAUCUUCCCUGCAGCUGAUGUCCAUCUUGCAGUCUCUUCUCCUUCUGGGGCCAAGCCGCUCUGAUAUCUGGCUGGCUUUGGAGGCCGUCACAAACAGAGCCGUACUGUUGGCCCAAGACUCUCAAAUGGGGUGUUCUGAGAAGAUCAUGGAGCGCCUGACGUUCUCCAAGGGCAAGAGCUGUGAGAGUCGUUACGAAGUGGAUGGCCAGACAGUCAGAAUGGACAAGGCUGUGCAGACUGGUCAUGAGGAGCACGACCAGCUGGGGAAAUGCUCGGCAUCAUUUAAGCAGUCACGCUUUGCAGCUGCUUCUCCUCCUACGAGUAAGAACAGGCCCCAAGGUUCGAUGCAGUGUCCACCACCACCACCUCCUCCUCCUCCACCACCACCACCACCAGCACUACCUCUUCCGAGUACGAAGGGACCCCAAGGUUCUUUGCAGUGUCCACCUCCACCACCACCUCCUCCUCCUCCACCUCCACUCCCUGGAGCAUUUGGUGGACCACCACCACCUCCACCCUUACCAGGAAUCGUGCCGCCACCACCACCACCAUUGCCUUGCGGUCCGGGCAUGGCACCCCCACCGCCUCCACCACCUCUGUCCGGUAUGAGCAAUGGACCACCGCCACCACCGCCCUUACCUGGCAUGCCACUCCCUCCGCCGCCCCCCUCGGGCAUGAUCAUGGCUCAGAGCUGGUCUGCCCUGGGAUGCACCACCCCUGCAAAGGCAUGCCGAUGUCCCACUCUGAGGAUGAAAAAGCUCAACUGGCAAAAGCUCCGAUCUGUUACUGAUGGGCACUCCAUGUGGGCUUCAGUUCAGAAAGAGCCUCCUCCUCACGAGCCGGACUAUAGCAGUAUCGAGCAGCUGUUCUGUCUCCCGGUGACCGAGCACAAAGACAAGGGGGCAGCUGCUCCUGUCAAGAAGGAGCCUAAAGAGAUUUCUUUCAUUGAUCCCAAGAAAAACUUGAACGUCAACAUAUUCCUGAAGCAGUUCAAAUGCUCAAACGAGGACUUUGUGGCGAUGAUUCAGAAAGGUGACAGAAGCAGGUUUGAUGUGGAGGUGCUAAAACAGCUCCUAAAGCUCCUGCCAGAAAAACAUGAGAUUGAAAAUUUGAAGUCUUUCCAAGGAGAAAAGGAGAAGCUGGCAAAUGUCGACCGUUUCUUUGCAUUGCUCCUCACUGUCCAAAGUUAUCAUCUGAGGAUUGAGUGCAUGUUGUUGUGUGAAGAGACUGUGUCAGUGUUGGACAUGCUCCAACCUAAAGUGAAGCUGGUGGAGGAGGCCUGUCACUCUCUCAGGACGAGCACGCUCGUGCCCAGUUUCUGCAGGCUCAUCCUCGACGUGGGCAAUUUUCUCAACUACGGAAGUCACACAGGGAACGCUGAAGGGUUCAAGAUCAGCUCGCUUCUCAAGCUUACAGAGACCAAGGCCAACAAGAGCCGCAUUACAUUACUCCAUCACAUCCUAGAGGAAGCAGAAGUGAGCCACCCAGAGUUGUUGGAGUUGCCGGAGGACAUUGAGAUCUGUCAAAAGGCUGCAGGGGUGAAUCUGGAAUCUAUCCAGUCUGAAUCCAACACCUUACUGAAACGACUGAAUGAGACUGUCAAAAAAGUCUCCAACUCAGUGGAGGAGGUGAAGAAUCAAUAUGCAAAGGUUCUUGAGGAAAAUCUGGAGGCUUGUCGAGCUUUGAGUGAAAGGUUCGUAGACAUCGACAAGAAGAAGAGUGAACUUGCGGUCUACUUGUGUGAAGAUGCCAAUCAGCUGUCGCUUGAAGAACUUUUCGGAACUAUCAGGACUUUCCGAGAACUUUUCAUCAAGGCGCUGAAGGACAAUAAGACGAGGAAAGAGCAGGCAGCCAAGGCUGAGAAGAGAAAGAAGCAGCUGGCAGAGGAAGAGUCCAAGAGACAGAAGGGAGAGAAUGGAAAAAUAAUUAAGAAAGGCCUUGUGCCACAGAACGACGGCUGCAUAAUCGACCACCUGCUGGCGGAUAUCAGGAAGGGUUUCAGCCUAAGGAAGACCAGGCCAAGGUGCGAUUCGGGAAGCCCCCACUCUAGUGAAAUACGUAGGGAUACCGCCCCACCUGGUAAGGACAAGAGACUGCGGCCCUCAUCUGCAGUUUCUAGCACCGUUCCUGAGUCACUUAACUGCCACAUCCUUGCUGCUUUUAUAUGCCCUUUCAUUGUCCUUCAGCCUGCAUUAGCUUAUAUACAGUCUCUCAAAAGGUCAAGUGUGAAGCCUGCAGGCGAAGAAGCCGCAGGAAUAGCCACAAUUUCCGCUCCCACCACACCGCCGACCGAGGCUCACCAAGCCAGCGCAGGCGAGGUGAACGGCUUCAUGAAUCCACCAGGAGAGACUCCUUCACCGCCUCAGGGUGCUACACCAGACCAAAUCCCAGGAGAACCAGCCAUGACAACACGGACACCUGCAGAACGGCCAACAUCGCUGCAGGAGGGGCUGAGCUCGACGACACCCACAGUAACGCAAACUAACCCUCAGGUGGAUCAUCAGCCGCUUCUUCUCACAGAUGGGUUUUCAGUAGAUUCAACCGAAACCAGUGUCUUCAGUCCAUCCUCCCUGUCAGAUUCCGACCUAACAGAGGCUGUGUUAGAUGGAACUUCCAGCCUGGUACCUGAGAAGUUAACAGCUGAGAAGCCAGUGGACAUUAGCGUGAAUGUUCAACUCACAGGAAACACCAAUGCUAGUGAAAGGAAGGUAGACAAGGACAGUGAAACGAGCAAGAAAAGUUGUCUAAAAGACGCCGGAGGACAAGAGUGCGGUCUAAAGCCGCUCGUUGCUAAAACACCCAAGCAGGAUGAGGUGGUGAGGUCCACACACUCCAAAAGCAAGAAGGAGACUUUUAAUGAGAGCAUCUUGGGGUGUGAUGUCAAGGAUGGAGUAGAAACGGAAGACGUGCCAUCGCCGUCUGAAGACGUAACGUCACAUAAACCCGAGCCAAAGAAACUGCCAAGCUUCUUUAAACGCAACAAAAAGAAGAGUCCAGGUAAACCAUCCGUUAACUUAAAUAAAGAUUUUUGGAACGCUAGUGUCUUGACAUGUCGUAAGGGAAGAUCUGUUUUUAUUGCACUCUGCAUUUUAUAUUAUAUAUGGGUUAUUUUACUAUAUGAUGAGACAUUUUCAAGAUGUGCUGUUUUAGAGAAUGAAUGCAGAUUAUUUUUUUAUUAAAACAUGUUUAUCAAUGAUGCCAAUGGACACAUUGUUUGAAUGCUCUGUUUUCCCGUUUUGACUCUCUAAAACACAAGGUAACACUGGGAAAGGACACAUUAAACCUAAAAAGGGCUGUGUGUUGCAGUGAGGUAGGUCAAACGCUGGGAUGGUUUGCUGUAAGCAGGAACGUCAUCCUAAUUAACUCAGUCACUGUCUAAACUUUGUGGCAAAUAACACCAUUUGUUGGUCUAACUGGGAUCUGGAUUUCAUUUGUCUUGUGUUGUCCAGCUUUUAACACCACCGUUUUAGCACUGUUGCAGUUAUGGAUGAGUCUUAAAAAAAAAAAAAAAAAAAAAAAAAAAGCGAUUUGACAGCAAACUUUGGGGUUUUGGUAUAAAACACAAGGAAUUAAAAAAAAAAAAAAUUCCUCAUCUUAAACAGUCUGUGCAGUCAUUGUGAAUGGAGUUCUCAUGACAGCUGUCACUCUUGUCUCUUCCAUAUUUCCCCGUUCAUUCCUUAAUUCUGCUACUGGGACUGCUUUUAAUCUACUAGUGGCAGUCAUGUGUGCUUCCUGUAAACUGAUACUAAAUGAUACUUGUCAAUGCAAUAAAUAACCUGAAACAAUGGCGUAUUUAUAAAUAUAAUAAAGUACUUUUUUUUUUUUUUUUUAUUCCAUUCUAUCAUUCACUGAAGGUUGUUUCCCCCCCAGGUGAGCCCAGAAAAAGAAGAUCCAGAGGAAAAAGAAGUUGAUGUAACAAGAGUUGUAAGAUAGAAGGACUAGAGUAUAUAUUUUAUUUUGUGACGCCUCCUGAAGAUUGUUUUGAAACUCAUUCCAGGCUGGGACUUUUGACAGCAUUUGGAUGUAAACGUGUCACUUUAUGUAAAUUGUUUUCCAACUAUUCCAAAAGACUUGGACUGUAUGUUUUAUGUGUUUUUGUAUAAAUGUGGCUUUUUUUGUUUUGCUUUAAACUAUUUCAGCUGCUAAUAGAAGAUAUUUAAUAGUCAAAACAGUUUGGAUCUUAAUGUAUAAUAUUCACUUAUCUAAUAGCAUAUACUGGAUUGUCACUUUUAAUGUUUAAGCUAUUUUAAUAAAAGUCAACGUCAAAACGAAG